CGCCGCCGAUAUAAUCUUCUCCGCCAAACUACAGAGAUUUGUGAGGGAUCAACAUGGCUCCCAGAGGAAGAAGAAAGAAGCCUGGAUUGAUGCGAGAGGAUGCAGCACGAGAUCGCAUGAGAGUUUUUGGGUUUCAUGAGCGUGUUAUCAGUGAGAGUAUUAAGGAACUGUUAGAGGUCUAUGGUGAAGACCAAUGGUUUUUGAUUGAAGAUGAUAGCUAUGGUCCCCUCCUUGCUAUCUGCCUUGAAAAGCAAGCGGAAAAAGACAGACAAUUGGCUGAAGUACAAGCCUACCAAUUGCCUGAGAAUCAAAAUGAAGAGAUGGCUGAGGACCAAAACCAAGAAAUAGCUGAGGAAGAACAACCCAACCAAUUGGCUGGGGAAGAACAAGAAGAAGAGAAUGAGCAGGAGCAGGACAUGCAAAUUGAGUAUGGAAGAGACCAAGCUGAUGAGUUAUCAAUCAAUAGCGAUGCAGUCAUGGACCCAUCACCAGCAGCUUUACAUUUGGGAGAAGCAUCAGCAGAUUAUGCACAAGGUUCUGUUGGAGGUGUCGAAAAUCUUCACUGUGGAUGGCUAAGUUCGGAGGAGGAGACGGAUCCUGAGGAGGAGAAGGAUCCAAAGGAGAAGGAGACGGAGCCAGAGGAGGAGGAGACGGAUCCAAAGGAGAAGGAGACGGAGCCAGAGGAGGAUAGUGACGGUGAUGAUGAUGAGAUCAUUCAGCUAACUCCAGAACCUCUUUGUGAAGAACUUCAAGAGCUUCUCAGGGAAGUACGUGGACAGAAGAGGAGGAAGAAAGAGACGAGGUGGGACAAGUGAAGGAGUCAUGAGCUCCUGUAAGUAACAAAUUGAUAUAUAUGUUAGGAAGCCAAAUAGUAGUAAGCUAGUAUUGUGGUAAAAAAAGGGUAAAACGACCCAUCUUGACAUCUCUGUGUGGGUCUUCUUGAGGUAUUGGGUUUUUGCUCAAAAAAUAUAACUUGUGAUUAAGU